AGUCGCUCUGGGGCAGGGAGGGGCGCGAGCGGAAGUGACGUAGGUCGUGCACACGUGGUCCGGCGUGGUUCACGCGGGUCACUUUGGCCGGGCCUGGGUAGUUCUAAGUUUGUUUCCCCACGUAAGCCGGACCUCGCACUCCGGUCCCGGUCUCGUCGCCAAGAUGGUGAAGCCCAAGUACAAAGGACGGAGCACCAUCAACCCGUCCAAUGCCAGCACAAACCCAGAUCGAGUGCAGGGAGCAGGAGGCCAAAACAUGAGGGACCGGGCCACCAUCCGGCGCCUGAAUAUGUAUAGGCAAAAGGAGCGCAGGAACAGUCGUGGUAAAAUAAUUAAACCCCUGCAAUAUCAGUCAACGGUGGCUUCUGGCACAGUAGCAAGAGUAGAGCCAAAUAUUAAAUGGUUUGGAAACACACGUGUGAUUAAGCAGUCAUCAUUACAAAAAUUUCAAGAGGAAAUGGAUACAGUUAUGAAGGAUCCAUACAAAGUUGUCAUGAAGCAAAGCAAGUUACCAAUGUCUCUUCUCCAUGAUCGAAUCCGGCCUCAUAAAUCGAAGGUCCACAUUCUUGAAACUGAAAGUUUUGAAACUACAUUUGGCCCUAAGUCACAGAGGAAGCGACCAAACUUAUUUGCAAGUGAUAUGCAGUCUCUUAUCGAAAAUGCUGAGAUGUCCACUGAGGGCUAUGACCAGGGCAAGGAUCGUGAUUUGGUAACUGAAGACACUGGUGUGAGGUAUUAUUUUGCCUGUGAAGCUCAGUGCUUUAAUUUAUAUCACACCAUUUUUGCCUCUCUGAAUUUUCAGGUGAUAGAUUCAUCAGAUGUUGUAGUUCAAGUUCUUGAUGCUAGAGAUCCAAUGGGCACUCGUUCCCCUCACAUUGAAACUUACCUGAAGAAGGAAAAACCUUGGAAACACCUCAUUUUUGUACUUAACAAAUGUGACCUUGUUCCAACUUGGGCAACAAAACGGUGGGUUGCUGUCCUCUCCCAGGAUUAUCCGACACUUGCUUUCCAUGCAAGCCUUACUAACCCAUUUGGCAAGGGAGCAUUCAUUCAGCUUCUGCGGCAGUUUGGAAAGUUGCACACUGACAAGAAACAGAUCAGCAUUGGGUUCAUUGGCUAUCCAAAUGUUGGCAAGAGUUCUGUGAUAAAUACAUUGCGUUCUAAGAAAGUUUGCAACGUGGCUCCCAUUGCAGGUGAAACGAAGGUCUGGCAGUAUAUUACUCUGAUGCGUCGGAUAUUCCUGAUUGACUGUCCAGGUGUGGUUUACCCCUCUGAGGACUCCGAGACAGACAUUGUGCUAAAAGGAGUUGUUCAAGUGGAAAAAAUUAAGAGUCCUGAAGACCACAUUGGUGCUGUACUUGAACGAGCAAAGCCAGAAUAUAUCAGCAAAACAUACAAGAUUGAUUCUUGGGAGAAUGCUGAGGACUUUCUUGAGAAGCUUGCUUUCCGGACUGGGAAGUUACUAAAGGGUGGAGAGCCCGACUUGCAGACUGUGGGUAAGAUGGUCCUCAAUGACUGGCAGAGGGGCCGGAUUCCUUUCUUUGUCAAGCCACCCAAUGCAGAGCCACCUGUGGCCCCCCAGCUUCCACCCUCCCCAUCUUUGGAAGUUGUCCCAGAAGCAGCCCGAAAGAAUCCAGGAGAGGAAGUUACAGAAACUGCAGGUGAGGGGUCAGAAUCCGUCAUUAAGGAAGAAACAGAAGAGAACAGUCACUGUAAUACUAACACAGAGAUGCAGCAGAUUCUCACACGGGUUCGGCAGAACUUUGGUAAAAUCAACGUGGUGCCUCAGUUUUCUGGGGAUGACCUGGUUCCUGUGGAGGUGUCAGAUCUUGAGGAAGAGCUUGAGAGCUUUUCUGAUGAAGAGGAGGAGGAACAGGAGCAACAAAGAGAUGAUGUAGAAGAGUCUUCCUCGGAGCCUGAGGAGGAACAUGUAGGAAACGACACCAAAGCCGUUAUUAAAGCCCUGGAUGAGAAGAUUGCCAGAUAUCAGAAGUUUCUAGACAAAGCCAAAGCCAAAAAGUUUUCAGCAGUCAGAAUAUCCAAGGGACUGAGUGAAAAGAUAUUUGCAAAACCUGAAGAACAAAGAAAACCGCUGGAAGAACAUGUAGAUGAUACAGCACCUUCCAAAAAGGGAAAGAAGCGGAAGGCACAAAGGGAAGAGGAACAGGAACAUUCAAAUAAAGCUCCCAGGGCGCUUACAUCAAAAGAACGGAGGCGAGCAGUACGGCAGCAACGGCCGAAAAAAGUUGGUGUGCGCUACUAUGAAACACACAACGUGAAAAAUAGGAACAGGAACAAAAAGAAGACCAAUGACUCAGAGGGACAGAAACACAAACGCAAAAAAUUCAGACAAAAGCAGUAAUGUUUAAAAGGUUUUUAUUAAAUUAUACAAAAACAUGCAA